ACAUGACACUGUAGAGAAAUCUGGCCAAGCUGACAGCAUCACAUCUAACGUGAGUACGGUAGUUUUGUAAAGCAUUUAGUGUGUGCUUGUAGUGUUAAAUGACCAACUGAAUUGAGUGUGUAGCAACGAAACGGGAAGACAUAGCUAACAGCAGCUGAAUGUGUAGCCCUUCUUAGGUUAUACAAAGGAAGGAAGGGAUCAGCGACACAGUGUAAGGUAAUGAUAAUACAGGAAUAAGUGACACAGUGUUAGGUAAUGAUAAUACAAGAAUAAGCGACACAGUGUUAGGUAAUGAUAAUACAAGAAUAAGCGACACAGUGUUAGGUAAUGUUAUACAGGAAUAAGUGACACAGUGUUAGGUAAUGAUAAGUCAUGUGAGAAACGCCCUCAAACAGGGCUUAUUUAACUCAAAGUCAGGGGGGGGGGAACAUAAAAAAUAAGGGGGGAGGGGGCGCCAAAAUCUAUUUUAGAUGAAAUUUUAAUAUAGAAGUAAACAAUAAAAUCCCUUGUACUUCACACGGUGCAGGGGUGCCAAAAUCCCCCUUUUACUUGACCACAACGGGCAGAAAUUUUUCUAUUUAGUAGUGGGCGUUAGUUUUAGUCUUCGCCCAGGCGCGGCUUUUCCUCGGCACUGCCCUGCGCACAGUACCUUUGGAACGAUACCAAUAGCAUGAAACAAACUAACGAUACCAACAGCAUGAAACAAACUAACGAUACCAAUGGUUUAAGAAUGGACGAAGCUGAUUGAAAGAAUCAGAUGAACGAUACCAACGCCGUUAAACACCAUGAUGUAGGCCAAUGACGAUCGACACAGUUCUUAUAAUACGAACAUUACAAAUAUCGUGAUUGAAUUUCGCUUACCAUUUAUCUUGGCUUGUAGAAUACACUCCAAGAAAAUAAAUGGAAUGAGCUAUAACGUUGUUUUUACUUUUAGAACUCUUCUUCAAAUUUUCAUGUUAAAUUCAUGACGAUUGCCUUGCAUAGAAUUCGAAUAGCUGAACCCAGGGGGUGGGCAAACCUUUUGUGCAGAGGGCCACAUUGACAAAUGUAAAGCUAUUGGGGGGGGGGGGGGGGGAGGGAAAUUAUGUCCAAUUUUUUGUUAAAUUCAUGACGAUUGCCUUGCAUAGAAUUCGAAUAGCUGAACCCAGGGGGUGGGCAAACCUUUUGUGCAGAGGGCCACAUUGACAAAUGUAAAGCUAUUGGGGGGGGGGGGCGCAUGGAUAUUAUGUCCAAUUUUUACAUGUUAAUAAACAUUUCUCUAUAUUAAAAUCGGUAAAUUCGCAUUUACGCAUUACAUGUUAAAAAUCCAGGACUGUUUAGAAAAAUAGAAAUUGAGAAAGAAAUUUGAUAAAAAAUGUUACAACAAUUAUAACGGAACAUGAAAUUCUCUAAAAUUCAACGAAAUAACAAAAAAGCAGAGUAUUUGUGAAAAGGUCUAAAUGCCUUCGAGGGCCGCAUAAUAUCAGUUGCCGUAGUUUGCCAACCCCUGGCUUAACCCUUUGUUAAAUCGUAGACGAGUCGUUCUGAAACAUGUUACGAGUAACACCCCCCCACAAAAAAAAAAUAAAAAAAAAUUGUCAGGCAAUACGCGGGAAAUCAGCAACUCCUUACCAUGCUGAAACUGUAAUAAAGAGCAUGUUUACAACCUAGUGGCUUGGACUUCCGGAUAAUUUUGUUUACGACUCUGGCGCUGGUAAAAACAGAUAUGAUUAUUUCACAGCGGAGAACUUAAAAUUCCUAUGACCUCCACCUUUACCAGAGAAGCCCUUUGGGCUACUUGAAUGGCUCCAGACGACGAUCCCCCCUCAGCAAGGUCAGCAGGGUCAGCAAGGUCACCAAGGUCAUCUCGAGUAGAUGCUAACGGGACAAUGAGUAGACGCCUCGUCAUUGUAGUGUCGUUUGUGGAGCGAUGGAACACGUUUAACUAAUAUAAUCACUUUCUGUUUUUUUGUUUUUUUCUACGUCCUCCUNUCGUCGCCGCGGCCACACAUUCAGCUGCUGUCGUUGUCGACACGCCGUUCGGUCGAAUCAAGGGACUUGAAAAGGCGGCACCUAAUGGUAAACCCUACCUGGCGUUCCUCGGAAUCCCAUACGCAAAGCCACCGGUUGGGGACCUGAGAUUUGCCAAACCUGUGGCACACCCGAAACUAGGUAAGUUUCCGAAACUAUUCUGACCGAGGUUGCGGGGGCCAUAUUUUAAAUUGGUUCUGUCGCUUCUUGCGUAUGGUACGUUUAAUUGAAGGCACCACCAAUAAAAUGUGACCAAUGAUGAAAUUUUACGAAGUCUCAUUUUUUUUUUUUUAGAAAACAAUUGUGAGGGUUGGUGUGGUGCUUUGUGGGGGGUGGGGGGUGGGGGUGGGGUGGGGUUGUUUAAUUAAGGUGACGCUUAACUCCAUGUGGUAACAAGAACACAUCUUCUAUAAUUUAUGUUCUUAUCUAUUAUCCAAUAUUAAAGAUUACACAAAGAGACGCACAUUUCAGUUGAUGCUGUCUCACGGGUCGCUGUUAGCCAUAGUUCACGAAGUCAACAGUGAUGCUACAUCUGUGAAUAACUGUAACAAAAUAUAGUAUACUAGACGAUAACUAUGUGAAAUCUGUAACAUUUGUCCAUUGACAUAUCACCACGUGACCCCAUCCCUAGACACUUAUCACGGUCCACAGGUCGUAUCUGGUAUAUAUAUAUCUUGUUAUAAUGAAGUUCACUGAAAAGCUGUUGACACUAUAGCAUUAGUUAUUGGGAUAAGUUUUUUUUUAUGCAUCAUUAAUGUCACAUGUGUGUUUGUACCCUCUUUGUACUCUUUUUGUACCCUCUUUGUACUCUUUUUGUACUCUCUUUGUACUCUUUUUGUACCCUCUUUGUACUCUUUUUGUACUCUCUUUGUACUCUUUUUGUACCCUCUUUGUACUCUUUUUGUACCCUCUUUGUACUCUUUUUGUACUCUCUUUGUACUCUUUUUGUACCCUCUUUGUACUCUUUUUGUACCCUCUUUGUACUCUUUUUGUACCCUCUUUGUACUCUUUUUGUACCCUCUUUGUACCCUCUUUGUACCCUCUUUGUAAACGCUAUGUAACCUCAUUGUAAACAGAACAAGUAUUCGACGCCACCCGCUAUGGCGCCAACUGCAUGCAGCCUGUCUUCAUGAUUGACCCAAACAUCAAGUCAGCAGAAGACUGCCUCGUUCUGAACGUCUAUGUCAACGAGAUCAGACAGGAACGCGCCAGAUUUCAAAAAGUUUUAUUUUGGAUCCACGGCGGCGGCUUCAUACUCGGCUCCUCGUACGGCCACGACGCGGGGACUCUCCUGACAGACCAUGACGUCAUUGUCGUAACCAUCAACUACAGGCUGGGCGUCCUGGGAUUCCUCAGUACCGAAAACGAGGCCGGUCCCGGUAACUACGGACUCUGGGAUCAAGUCCUCGCCCUGAAAUGGGUCAAGGACAACAUCGCCGCGUUUGGAGGUGACCCCGACGACAUCACCGUCGCCGGUCAAUCUGCGGGUGGCUCCGCUGCAUCGCUCCUGGCCCUGACGCCCCACGGCAAAGGAUUAUUCACUAAGGUCUACUCGCACAGCGGCACGGCGACCUCUCUUUUCGCCAAGUACAUCAACGCCAAGAAUGACGUGCUGGCACUGGCCAAACAGGUGUCAUGCUGGGAUGGUGACAUUACUGAUGAAAUCAACCUGGCUCAAAGCGGGCAAAUAUUGGAAUGUCUGAGGACAAAACCAGCUGAUCAAAUAGCCCAGGGGCCGACCUUCAAACUGUCAAGGGCGAAUUUCGUUCCAAGGGUAGAUGGAGACUUCCUCCCGACGUCACCUCUUGACCUGCUCCAAAACGACCAGUAUCUAGAUUCCAUUGAGUUCUACCAGAAGGCUUACCUGGUCUCCUACAAUAACAACGAGCAGCAAGGCACGGACGUCUUGUACGGCAUGUUUAAGACACUCUGCUUCAGCAACGACAGCUUGACGACCGAAGAGAAGGUCAACCUGUGGUCACAGACCGUCGACGCCGCCACGGCUGAAAACAUUGGCGACCGUCUGGGCAUCGACACCCCGCCCCGGGCGCUGGUGGAUUUUGUGCACGACUGGUACGAGAGGAGAAAAGGUCGAGACUCGGCGCUGCCGGUCCUCAUGUCUGACGUCUCCUUCACCAUCCCGUCCUACGACCUGCUCAACGCUCUGGCCAGGAGCAGGUCCACCGACGCCUGGUCGCUCUACUUUAACCACUAUCCCGGGUUCAUGAGGGGGGCGUUCAAAGGUAUGAUCCACGGCAUGGAUCUCGUGUACUUGUUGGACCUGUCCCUGGGGGCGAUGGCCAGCCUGACAGGGGCCGGGAUAGAGGGGAAGUUCACGGAGGAAGACGUGGAACUGAGGACGCUUUACCAGGCUGUCGUUGCAGAGUUUAUCAAGACGGGGUAAGUGUAAGAAAUCAACUUGUUAGUUUACCUAUGAUACUGAUAGUCUAUUGUACAACCAUAGUAAAAAGACGUUAUUUUACAGGCCAAUAACGUUAUAUUUAUAAUAUUUCAGCUGAUCGCUGCAAAAUUAACAUUGAUUUGUUACGACACACUGAAAUAAAUUACUGAAUUUCUUCAACACCUUCUUAGCAUUAGGAAAAAAAAACUUGUGUGUUUGGCGUGCAAUUCCGUCCCUGCUAGCGCCCCGUUCAAACUUAACCUUGGCGCCCCUUUUAUGUAUAAUCAUAAAAAUGUUUGCAAGGAAAACCUAGGGGCUACAUAUUGAGUUUAGUAUUUAGUUUUUAUUUUAGCAAACAAUUAACAAUGAUAUUGAUUUUCUUAACUUGUAUUUGGACAGUAUGAACAAUUAGCCUACUGUCCACAUUUUUUUUCUAGUCUUUGAUCGCCAAUAUAAAUUUUAAUUGCAGUUUGUAUUUUUUUCUUUGGUGGCCCAGGCAACGCUUUUUUUCUAUUUUGGAAGAUCGUUGAUGGCGCCCUAAGCACGUGGCGUCCCGGGCAACUGCCCCAGUGGCCGGUACCUUGAACCGACCCUGUUGGCGUGGGGCAGCGUCCGAAGAGAUUUAAAUGGAGUUGUAAUCUGACCUCGAAUUACUUUGUAGACAACACACUCAAAAUACACUUGUUUACAUCAGUUUGAAUCCUACACUUCAACGGUUUGAGAUUCGUCCGUGACGUUCCAUAACGCACCAGUCUGUUGCGACCCACAGGGGUGCUAACCACUGCUCUAAGAUGUUUGUGUAUUCUGGUUAAAUGCACGUGUUAUGGUAUUGAGCUUUCAGACUCACAAGUUUCAACUAAGUCAUCGCAUGUUUAGUUCACGGGGUUAAAUAAAAAAACAAUUUUCAUCUUUUAUUUUGUUUUUGUUGUGCUUGCAGAAGUCCAGUCAAGCCAUUGCUGGCCAAGCUACCAGGAGGAUGGCCCACCUACGAUCUUCAUGGAGCCAAGUACCUAGACUUCAAUCCCAGCCCUAGCGUACAGAGAAAUCUGAACCGAGAGAAGAGAGAAUUGUGGGAGAAAACGAUACCCAGGCUUGCCACUCUGUACCAGAGAACCACACAGCACACAGAGCUAUAACGCGUUCAACAACACACAGAGCUAUCUACAUCAUUUUAAAUGAACAUUUUAUAUGUAUUCAUAUAGAUCAGAGGCUCUCAACCUUCCUAAUGCAGCGACCCUUUAAUGCAGUUCCUCAUGGUGUGGUGACCCCCAACCAUAAAAAUUUCUUAUUGCUACUUCAUGAGUAUGUGUUUUCCGAUGGUCUUAGGCAACCCCUGUGUAAGGGUCUUUCGACCCCAUAAAGGGUCGCGACCCACAGGCUGAGAACCGCUGAUAAAAGAGAGUGAAUAUCAAUUGUUUGUGUAUUGAAAACUACUUUUCUAAUUUUUAUUAUUAAAAGUUCAGAUUAUAUGAUAAAAUAUUAUUUUGCUGACUUCAUAAAGUGGCAGCUGUUUUGCUGACUUCAUAUAGUGGCAGCUGUUUUGCUGACUUCAUAUAGUGGCAGCUGUUUUGCCUGCACUUGCAGGCUACUCUCACGCUGUUCAUUAUCGCGCAACAUCACAUGAGACAAGUUGACGUAUUGAUGAGACAAGUUGACGUAUUGAUGUGACAAGUUGACGUAUUGAUGUGACAAGUUUACGUAUUGAUGAGACAAGUUGACGUAUUGAUGUGACAAGUUGACGUAUUGAUGUGACAAGUUUACGUAUUGAUGAGACAAGUUGACGUAUUGAUGAGACAAGUUGACGUAUUGAUGAGACAAGUUGACGUAUUGAUGUGACAAGUUGACGUAUUGAUGUGACAAGUUGACGUAUUGAUGUGACAAGUUGACGUAUUGAUGUGUUAAAAAAGGGAAUUCAUUUAUUCCGCCCGACUAGCAACAUGUCCACGUGUGACUCAUUAAAUUUUAUUAGAUCCUCUUGGUGGUGAUGAAUUUCACAGGUUUGAGAACCACCGUUCUGUAUUCAUAGCAGGGGUCUCAAACUCGUGGCCCGCGGGCCAUUUGCGGCCCACAAGACGAUAUUUUUCGGCCCGCUACAUGACAGCAAAGUUUAGUAUAAAGUGGCCCGCGAGUUUUCCCCAUUCUCCUAUAAAUAAUGUGACCCUCCGCGACGGUUUCAGUCAAAUCUCAGCGACUAGUCUAAUUCUGAUUUUUAUUGUGAUGUAUAGAUUUGGACGUUGAUUAUAAGUGUAAAACAGAUUUAAAAUCGAACUUAUUAAAGUUUUAUUUUAUACCAUUUUAUGAGACAAACAUGGCCAAAGUUUAAAAAGUCAGUUAGUGGAUGAUGCACAACCAUAAUUGUGUAAAUCGUAGUAAUCUGACACAGUAUCAAAGAAUCCC